CCAUUUUUCUGCGUGUAUCCUAGCAUUUUGCAUGAAAAUAAUGUGCAUUAAUGACUUUUUUAUUUCUGAGUGCAGCAUUCAUUCAUAAACCAAAACUCACAAACACUACCGUUCUUUUCCAGUAGGAAUGCUGUCAGUGUUGGAUUCCGUUCGAGUUCGCCAGCCAAGCCGAACCGACGACGACGUCGUCCAUCAGCCAGUCAGUCAUUCAUCGUCAUUCAUUCGUGCUUGUUGUGCAAGAGAAGAAGCCCAAGGUGCGUCGUCGUCACUCGGUGGUCGCGUAGAAGACUCUAAAGUGAAGUUUGAUUUGGGCUGCUGAUACUCAUUGAUGUGUAGGUUGAUAAUACGGAAAAAAAUAAUGAAGUUCCAGGGACUCAUCACCAGUUGUUAGCUAAUUUGCAGAAAUAGGACGUUUGCCUGUGCUGUUCCGAGAGGGUUCGAGUUGAGGAAUGACAGGAUCGGGAAAAUAGUUCGGUGGGUGGACCUUUGACGAACCUGGGACCAGGAAGGAAUGGCGCUCCAUUAGGGAAGAGAAUACCUCCCUAGGACGGACUGUAGAUUACUCUGGCCUAUUGUCAUCGUGACGAAUUGAGUGCAAUUUACACCAAUAUUGAAUAAACACGGCCGUCGUCGAGGACGAGGAAGAAAACGCUAACGGAUCGUGAAGAAGCCCGGUGAAGUGACAUCGUUGUCGUACGAGAACACGCAUAUACAUUUACCUUAAGUACGUGAAUCGGCGUGGUGGAUUAUGUGUUUGGCUGGAGUGUGUGACCUGCUCACAAUAUGAUCAUGUAGGGCAAACGAGCAAACAACAGCUUGAAUUGUCCUUCCACUGACUGACUGACUGACUAGUGACUACAUAGUGCAGCUGCGGGAACCGUGUGUCGUCGGUUAUCAUCUGCCUGCUGAAGAAGAAAAGAGUGCAAUCAAAGCAGUGUGCGGCACAUAUCAAAUCUCAACGUAACGGAGAAGAAGGGAGAAGAAGGUUCAAUUGGGAGGGCGCGCCCACAAUAGUGAGAAGAGGAGCCCAACAUCGGACGGAGCCGAUAUGCAUUUCUCGAUUCCGGACACACAGGAGUUCGGCCCGGAUAACUCCGGGUCGUCAUUCACGGGCUUCAACAUUCACAUCAACGGUAGCUUCCACUGUUGCCUGCGGUACAAACAGCUGCACAGCCUACACGAGCAGCUCAAGCGGUCACUGCCCACGUUGGCCCUGCCGAGCUUUCCGCCAAAGAAACUACUCCCACUGACGCCCAGCCAGAUCGAGCAGCGACGGAUCAGCCUCGAGCGGUACAUUCAACUAGUCGGCCAAGAUCCGGUCUUAUGCCGGUCGGAACUGCUACGGGCAUUUCUGCUCAACGCCCAGCAGGAGUCCUCCUUCACCGAAUGCCGCGAAGUCAGCCUGGACGUUUUCCUCAUGAACGGCUACCGGAUAGUGACGAAAGCCUUCACGACCGACUGUUCCAGCAAGGUGCUGGAGAAGGCCUGCUCCCUAAUCGACCUGCCCAAAGAGUACACGUACUACUUCUCGCUCUAUCUGGUGCGGAACGAACCCAACGGAGAGGUGGCCAUCGCCAAGAAGCUGAUGGACUUUGAAGCACCGCACAUUUCCCAGAAGCAGUGGGACGACUGCAAGAUUGUGAUACGGACCAGCUACUGGGACGCAAACUACGAUCUGGAACUGAUGCGGGACCGGAUCGCGUUGAAUCUCCUCUACAUCCAGGCGCUGAGCGACGUCGAGCGGGGCUGGAUACUGACCAGCCGGGACCUGAGCGAUCAGUUGACCGACCUGCAAGCACGGGGGAACAAACGCGAAUAUCUGGAGAUUGUACGCAAGCUGCCGCUCUACGGGUGUCUACAGUUUCCACGGGUGUGCGUUGACUAUCCCCAGCCAAACACGAUGGCCACGGUCAUCAUCGGCAACCGGGAGCUGAACCUGCUGACACACUACGGCAAGAAGAUACAGGAAACCAAGUUCAAAGUGACGCGGAUACGUUGCUGGCGGGUGACCACGAUCCAUAACAACGAGGAGCUCUCGUCCAACUCGUCGUCGGAGAGUCGGGGGGAACCGGGCGGAAAUCUGGAGCUCUCGUUCGAGUAUCUGAUGGCGAAGAACCAGCUCAAGUGGAUCACGAUCUACAGCGAACAGUCGAUGCUUAUGUCCGUGUGCCUUCAGUCGAUCGUGGACGAGUUGCUCAACCAAAAGAACGGAUCCGACAUCAACAAUGUGCAGACUCAUCAAGCUGAUUUUGCUCCUCUGUCGUACAUCAGACGGGAUGGCUCCAACUACUACAUUACCGACUCCAGCUCAACCGAUACCCUUAGUAGUAUAAGUGACAGCAACAGUACAUCGAAUCAACAAUCCAACGGAAGCGGUAAACAUCCGCAGCAACCGAGCAACGGCACCUCCUCUUCGUCGUCCUCAUCGUCAUCAUCUUCCUCCUUCAUCCGACGGAAGCUCAAAGAAUUCAACACGACGGUCCGCUUCAAAAGCGGGAAAGAUUCCGUCCACAACGAAGCCUUCGAGUGGAUCGGAGAUGAUGAUCUGUAGGAGUAAGCAAGCAAGCAGCCAUAAGGAAACCAAUAAUCGAGCUCUCUCUCAAUCAACACACACAACUCUAUACUCUUCCCAGUCUGAUGCAUUUAGGAGCGUGAUGCUAUGACAAAAUUUGCGUUUUUUUCGGAACAGCUAUUGUAAAUAUAUGUAUCUACCAGUUCUAUGUAAGGCAUCUGCAUGUAUGUACUACAUAAGUUGUAAAUUCCUAACUUUUAUAAUACUAUAUAUUAUACCUACUGCGACUUGCAUACAAUUAGUCGAAGCAAAUCUUCAUCAUUUUUGACGCCAUGUAAAGCGCAAAAAACAGGCCAAGUCUUCCACCAGUAAAUGACGACGAAUAAAACAGGCAUCCUAUUCUACCGAAAAGAAAAGAA